GAGGCGGGAGCGGGAGCGCGGCCGGCGGGGAGCGAGGGGGACACCGCCGUCACCUCAGGGCGCCAUGUUGGCGGCGGCGGCGCGGGGCCUCUGUGGGUCUCGCCUCAGUUCAUGGCUGCCCCAGGCGGUUCCGAGCCGAGGGAGUCACUGGCAGACAUCGCUGCUGGCGGCCCGGGCGUCUCUCCCCGUCAGAGCACAACCAAAAAAGAAGAAGAAAGUGGAUGUGAAGAAAGAGCAAGCCCAGAAGGAACGUAUGAAAAAGAAGAUUAGAAAGUUGGAAAAAGCUGCCCCAGAAAUGAUUCCAAUCGAGGAUUUUCAAACCCCACUGAAGUUCUCGGAUAGCACCAGGGUGCGGAGCCUCCCCCCUCUGUCACUGGAGGAGACGGAGAGAAGGGUGUUACUUCUGAAGAGGUGGUGUCUGUUCAAGCAGAACCACGACAAGGCGGAGAAGGCUGCCAUCCAGGCGCUGGUGGAGGCUCAGCAGGAGGCUCUGCGGGAGCUGCGCCUGGAGUCAGAGGAGCUGUUCCAGGCAGCCAUCCGCCGCGACACCGCGCUCUUCCCCUUCCAGAGGGAGGGACCUGACUAUACCCCCCCGCUGCCGGGGUACGACCCCCCGGAGGGGAAGUGUGUGGACAUCACCAAGGUGUACACGCAGUGAGGGAGGAGCGUGCUGCUCAUCGUGAGCUCCUCAGCUGACACGGGGAGGAGAGAGUGGAACAGGAAUAAACAAUUCCUUCUGCGGGUUAAAAUACUGUAGGUGGGGGACUGUGGGACUGUAAAAACGUACCAAUGAUGUAUCUGUGUGUUUGGGGUUUUAAACGGCUCUCUGGGCAGUGAGACACCCACCAGCACCACCCUGCCCUACGCUGGGGCCCUGCGAGAACAAGACCAAGAGCUGGCGUUUCAUGGAGCAUUUUCUCUUUCUGGGCUCGUAUCUCUCCUCCCUUCACAUGCUCCCAAGAAACUGCCUUUUUUUUUUUUUGUUCUUCAUAAACCCUAACCCAGAAGAUCCCUGUGCUGUGAGGAACGGAUGGCCUGUCUGUGCUGGAAGGGAGGCAGCAGCUGACUCUCUGCCUUUCUGGGCAAAGCAGGGAAGUGUUUUUGCAUCUAAGAGGGAAAAGAGAUGGGAAAUAUACUGUGACAAAGCCAAAA